AUGCACUCGCAGCGCGAGAAGCUUGCGGAGGUCCAGGCGGCACUGGCUCGCAAGGAGCAGGAAUUGGCCCGCGAACGGCAAGAAAACGUUGUGCUACGCGCCAAGGCCAAAGACGAUGAGGCUCAAGUGAACUACGUUAUCGAAAAGAUGAAGGUCGUGACGGCGAUUCAGGACAGCAUCCGGAACUCCAUCGAGGGCACUAAGUAUGACAUUGGCCGAGUCGAUCAAUACCGUCGCGACCUGGAUGUCAAGGCGCUCGGACAAGACCGCGAUAUUGGCGACGCACAAAUGGCGGCGCACGCUGUAACGGCGGCUAGAGACCAGCUAGCGGCUGAACUUCGGCGAGCCCAAGGGCACAUAUCGAACUUGCAGUCACAGCUACGGCAGGCCGCUGAGGAGUCGGCACGCAAGGAUGCCGCGCUGGAACGGCUCGCAGCGGAUGCGGCUGCCAAGGACAAAGCCGCCGAAGUGCAAGCGUCGUCGCUACAGGCAUCACUACACGCCGCGGUGGCCGACGUAGCAGCAUCACGCGGCCACGCCGAGCAGCUGCGUCUGGAUCUGGAUGCAGAGAGGUCGCGCUCUGCGAAGGCGGCUGCGCAGCUCACGGAGCGCUACCAGGAGGCCCAGCAGCGGAUCACGGAGCUCGACAAGCACCUGUGUAUGGCCCACAACGACCAAAAGGUCGCUCGCGAGCGGAUCCAAAACCUAGAAUCACAGGCGGAGGCGCUGAACGCGACCGCUUCCGGACUGAACGAGGAGCUUGCCAAUCUUCAGGCUGCGUUGGCUGAUCGCGCGUCGGAAGUAAAGAACGCAACAGCCGAGGCCGAGCAGUUAGGACAUCGCCUGGAAGCCGUGCAGGCGGAGCUCGCAGGUAGGAACGCCGAGGUGCAGCGCUUAAUGCAGGAGGGCGUGGAAGCGGCCAGGCGUGCUGAGGAGCUAAUCUCGCAGGAGGCGGCUCUGCGCGAGGAGCUGUCAGCUCGUGUCUCUGAUGUAGCCCGAGCAGAGGAGGAGUUAGCAGUGGAACGAGAGCGAGCUAGUCUAAAGGAGGAUGAGCUGAGCAGUGCGCUGGCCACGGCGCAAGCUACCGCUGCCGCCGAAACGGCUCGCGCGGGCGCGGCAAUAGCUGCGGCUGAGCAGCGGCUUCGUGAUGCUGAGCGUGCGGCUGAGGCUCGACUGGAGCGAUUUAAAGAGCGCACGUCCCGGGAGUACGAUGAGAUGCGUCGGCGUGUGCGCGCUGAGGCCGAGGCCGAGGCGAAGAGGCUGGCUGAGGAGCUGAAGAAGGCAACAGCCGCGGUGCAGGCCGCUGAGUCGCUCGCUGCGAAUGGAGCCGCGGAGCGCGAGGAGGCAUUGCGGACAGAACUUCAGGCGCUGCGAGCUUCCAAGUUGGAGGAGAUCUCCGCGCUUAAGGAGCAGGUUGCCGAGGCGAGGAGUAAAGCCCGGGCGCAGGCGCAAGAGAGCAAGGCACAAUACGAGCGCGACUUGGCCGCAGCACUCGCGGCGGCUCAGGAGGAAACAAACGCCCUGCGGAUGCAGUUGGAGACCAAGCACCAGAAGGAGCGUGACGAAUGGGCAAAGGAGAGGGAGGCCUUGAACGAGGCUGGGAAGACUGAUGCGGAAUCCCGCGCGCGGCAAGCUUGUGAAGCUUUGCGUGUAAAGCUCGAGGCCAAGGCCGCGACGUCUCUUAGAGAUGCAGCAGCGAAGGCGGACAAGCAGCGGCAUGUCCUGGAGGAGGAAAUGGAAAGGCUAACGGCGCGCUUGCAGGAGCUGGAGGACGGCUCCUCGGUGGUUGACAGCGCACUCGUGUCGGCCCGUGAGCGAGCCUCGCACCUUGAGCUGCAGCUGGUAGCUGUCCGUGAGGAGACAGCGGCAGCACGGCUGGAUGGUGAAACUGAGCUGAAGCGUCUGCGUUCGCAGCUUGAGCAGCAGCUUGAGCAACAGAACUCAACAUUCAAACAGCGUGAGCUGGAGUGGGAGGCGCAGCGGCACCAGCUGGAGGCCGAGGUUGCGAAGUCGGGCGAGGGCUGGGUCGUUAAGGAGGAGGAGCUAAAGCACCAAUUGCAGACGCUGCGUGACGAAGUGCGAGAUGCGCAGCGGCAACGCGACCAGGAGCGUGUGGAAUACCAGCAGCGCGAGGGGGAAUUGCUACAGGCGCAGGAGCUUGAGCGGAAGAAGUUACAGGACGCCGCGGAUGAGCUGCGCAGUGAGCUCGAGUGGCAAUUACGUGAUGUGAAGGAGGAGCUGGAGCGGAAGGGACGCGAGCUUGUGCGUGGCGUACAUGGCCAGAUGGAGCGUGAUCUGGAAGCGGAAGCGGAGCACCAGCCAGCAGGCGUUGUAGACGGCAGAGAUGUGAAGGCUGUUGGCGGCGGCUGCAGUGCUGAGGCCGACAACACACCGAAUGCGAAGGACGAUGCCCUUGUGGCCCGCGACGAAAUGGGAGCCGAUGGGGAUGCAUGCAUGGCCGAGCCACCUACUACAGAAACCGACGGGCAAGAGUACAUGCACGUGGCGAAGCCUCUGCAUGACGGGGACGGCGACCAGGAUGACGUGCCGAUGUCCCAGGUCCUCAUGCCAGGUUCGCAGCGGCAACCGGCCCGGACAUAUGAUGACAAGGACACGAAUGGAGCAGCUAAGAAGGUUGCCGCGACAGGUCCACCCAUUUCCUCCAAGCCGCGGGAGAAGGCCAUAAAUGGCAACGCUCGCACCGCGACUGCUGCGCCGCGUGGAGCUGUGCUGGAAGUAAAACCCGAUCAGGUGGCUGGCAGCGGCGGCAUGAAGCCGAGGCCACCGCCUAAAGCCAUGACUGCCACUGCGGGUCCCAGCAAGCCCAACUGCGCUGCUGGGAAAGAUGCAGCGGGAGGUAGCAUGCCCAAGCCAAGUGCACCGCGGGGAAAGCCUACGUCUAACGGUGUCGCGGCUGCCGCGCCUCAAGCUUCAGCGAAAGCCGCAACAAAGGGCAAGGGCACUACCGCCGCGGAAGACGGCGGCAACGCUGAGGUUGCAAAGAAAGGCAAUGCCAGCCAGGUCGCAGCACCGAGCGCCAGGGAACCCUUGGCACCGCAGAUCGGAGGCAACAACGGAAACGUUCCCAGCGGCCCCGAUACCAAGGCAAAGGACAAAGGGGCCAUGCCGCCGCCGCCGCCUCCGACGGUCAAGGUACCGAAGCCCGUCGCCCCGCCGCCGCGCUUUCCAGCUACGCAAACUACCACGACUGUGACGGGGACAACUGGAGCCACGGUGCCUGGGGCUGUGCGAAAAGCGGCUGUCAAGCGACGGGCGUAUGGCGAGUUCGCGGACCUCGCGACGGAGAGUGAGGUGGACGAGCCGAGCCAAAGCCAGGACGUCACGGUAACGGGUCAUGGAAGCAAGCGACCAAAGGUUGGCGCCGAGGCUGCCGCCCCAGCACCAUCGCAGAUGCCUGCAGCCACCAAGGGGGGUCGUUUUUCGCUGUUCAGGGGCAUGUCCAUGGGCAUGUCUGUACAGACGACGACCGCUGAUGCUGGUGGUGGUGUCGAGGUCAGCUCUGGCCAUGGCGACUCGCGGAAGAAGGGCGCGAAUAACCCGGUCUCCAAGCGCCGCAAGGCAGCUGAGCCCAGGUCGGACGGGGGUGGCUUUAUGGACUUGUUUGCAGGCAUGUCACCGUAUCCCAAAAAGUAA